ACAUCCGAGAAGGGGGCGCGCGGGGCGGAGCCUUCCGCCCACUGUCCUCCCGCCGACAGCCGCCCCUCUUGCCCAGCCUGCAGUCGCCCGCGCUCCCCGAGCCCCUCCAGGCCAGAGGCUCUCGCAGGCGAUGGCGGACGAGAGGGCAGGGACCCCGGAAGCCGCGGCGCGCCCGCCGCCCGGCCCUGAGCAGGAGGGGGACGCGCGCAUGGCCCCUGCGGCCUGGGCCCGAGAAGCUAUGGGGCGCGGGUCCCUCCACCCCGCAGCGGGCCUCGGGACUGCCCUCCCUUCCCCCAGGCGCGGGGAAGCGACCUCCGCGGCGACUGCCCUGAGCCUGGAAAACGGUCGGGUCCUGGACGAAGCCCCAGAAACCUGCGGUUCAGAAGGCCCGGGGGCUCGGGCGGGAGCCGGCGAGAAGGCCGAGGACGCGACCACGGAGGAGGGCGCCAUCUUCAAGGAGGAGGCCGCAGAGAAGGUGGAGAAGCAGCAGGUGGGGGAGAAGCUGGUGGGGGAGGAGAAGCAGGAGGUGGGAGCGGAGGCCCAGGAGGGCCCGGGACCACUGAACUUUGGUGUCCUAAUUGUGGACCCUCUGGAGGCCAUCCAGUGGGAGGCGGAGGCCAUGAGCGCCCAGGCCGACAGGGCCUACCUCCAGCUUGAGCGCAGGUUUGGGCGGAUGCACAGGUUGCACCUCGCCCGUAGGAGCUUCAUCAUCCAGAAUAUUCCUGGCUUCUGGGUCACUGCCUUUCUGAACCACCCGCAGCUGUCAGCCAUGAUCAGCCCUCGAGAUGAAGACAUGCUCUGCUACCUGAUGAAUUUGGAGGUGAGGGAGCUCAGGCACUCCAGGACAGGUUGCAAAUUCAAGUUCCGCUUUUGGAGCAACCCCUACUUCCAGAACAAGGUGAUAGUAAAGGAGUAUGAAUGCAGACCCUCAGGCCGAGUGGUGUCUAUUGCGACUCGCAUCCGGUGGCACCGGGGCCAGGAACCCCCGGCCCUCGUACACAGGAACCGGGACACUGUCCGAAGCUUCUUCAGUUGGUUUUCACAGCACAGCCUCCCAGAGGCCGACAGCGUUGCCCAGAUUAUUAAAGAUGACCUGUGGGCCAACCCCCUGCAGUACUACUUGCUGGGGGAUAGGCCCUACAGAGCCAGGGGAGGCCUCGCAAGGUGGCCUACGGAGGCCCCUUCUAGGCCUUACGGGUUCCAGUCCGGCUAGGUGCUGCCCUGGGAUGUGGGGCCUACAUAAAGCUCCUUCUGGCCUCCUGUGGGUGGUGGAUUUGGGCUCAGGCCAGUGGGGGGUGCUCUGCUGUCUUUCUGUUCUGUGCGCUCUGGCUCUCCAUGUUCGGUCGACUCAGAUCUCAGAUUGUGGCCCUUGUGGCCAGUCUCUGCUGUUUCCAUAUAGCCUCAUGCUGUUCUGUGUUAACAUCACAUGGCUGUCACAUGCGGCUGCAUCUACCCAGUGCUGUGGAUGUGCACUGCCAUCAUCUUUAUGGUAUGGACCAGUUACUGUGGCCAUCGCAGCCAUUUUUGACAAGGGCACCGGCAAGUCACUACUUGGAGGACAGUGCCUCUUUGAGGCCUAUGCUUCAAGCCCCCAGCCUGCCGGCCUUCGCAUGAGCGCUGGUUGUGCUUACAGUAGCUCUGCACCCUGGUUGUGGCAAGCUGAGUCUUAUCACCCAAGAUGAAGUGGGUGCAUUUGAUGCUGGGUGCCACCCAGACUUGGACAUUCCAUGGCCUCAAGAGCACAGGCCAGGCUACCACCAAGUGGACUCUUGGGCAUCUGGCAGGAUGAGCACACAGCCGGCUGCUGGGCAUGGGUGAGGUCAAGGGCAUGAAGCAGUGGACAGCACAUUCUUUGUGAUCAUACUGCUCCUCCUGCCCCACGGUGGUUGACAUCACAGCCUGCUACGGCUUGUGAGGGUCUGUUCUGUGCUCCACCAAUGCCUGGCCAUCACCUUUCCCGUGAAUUUUGCCCAGGCCACCAUCAGCCCUGUUGCCUGCUCCCAGGUCUACAGGAGCCUCCAUAACUGCCUGUGGACCUAGUUGGGCCACCUGCCAAUGCACAGGAGAGCCCCUGAUCCCCAGGAACUCUGCCAAACUGGCCUAUCUAGGCAUGUGAAUGAGGCAGGGGCAAGGACGGGAUCCCCUCCUCAGCCCCAGUUACUGGACCCCAUGGAAUCCAGGUACUCUGGCAGCCCCCCCGCCUCUACCUGUUAGGCUGCCAGGCUGUGGGCACUGGGGAGGGGGUCUUCCUGGUCAUGGGGCCUGUCUACCCAUACCCAGAUCUCACACCAUUUUUUCUUUAAAUGAUGGCUUUGAAACAAUAACAACUGAAGAAAAAGAUUUUUUCUUAAACUCAACAAGAAAGACUUUGGGCCGGGUGCAGUGGCUCACACCUGUAGUAACCCCAGCACUUUGAGAGGCUGAGGUGGGCGGAUCACCUGAGGUUGGGAGUUUGAGACCAGCCUGACCAACAUGGAGAAACCCCAUCUCUCCUAUGCAUCUCUCUGUGUUUCAGCCCAUUGGGGCAUUAUGCU